AUGUUGUUAUUUCCUCUCUCUCUAGUGAUGGGUCAGGAAGCUGGCAAGCCAGCCUGGCCCAAACCAGCUGGUGGAUAUCAGACAAUCACAGGAAGGAGAUACGGCAGGAGGCAUGCAUACGUUAGCUUCCGUCCAACCUCUGACAAGCACAGGAACCCAGCCAGAGUGGAGGAUUGGCCAGAUACGGAAAUGGACGGUGUCCAUAGAGCGCAUUCCAUAUGUACGUUCACGGUGCAAUAGAUCUAUAUGGCUAAGUCCCAUUUGCAGUGCAUUGAAUAGCUGAGGGACAAGCUGUAGGCUAUUUGAGUCAGGCCUAUAUUUCUACAUGUGAACAACAUGAUAUCAAGGUCAACAAAUCAAUUAAAGUUAUGUUUAUUAUUUAUUUGACAUCAUGGCAGACCACUAAGCAACUCCUGUAGUGAGUAGCAGCAUGUGAGUAAGUACUGCACCGGGGCAGGUUUGGAUCGAUUUAUCCUGUGACAUGAAAUUCAGUGUGAGGAGCUAAGCCUAUAAACCCCAAUCUGCGCCAUAAAUGGUGGCUGGCUGGAGCUGCUGCAUGCUAUGUCAGUAUUUAGCAAAUGUAAUAGUUGUGUAUUGGCAAGUCAUGGUAAUAGUAGAUGUUUUGAUUGUGUUUUAGCUGUAACUAAAUGCGCCUCUCCUAGCUUCAACAGGGAACAUCUCCUCGAUGCUUCACGCCAUCUUUCCUGUGUCAUCGAAUUCGGUUCACGCAGAGGUGAAAAUCAAAUCUGGCAAAGAUCCUCCCCACAAGAAACAGUCAACUUCUAGGAAGUCAUCGGAAGCCCACUCCAUCCACUACAAAAAUAGUGACCAACCUGUAGCCUCAGACCAGGACCAAAAUGGCGUCUCGAAGAAAAGUGCAGAAGCCAGUGCAUGGCCUAUCCCCGAGGACAGCAACCCUUCUAAUUCCAGCAUAUUGAGCUUUGUAAAUAUUGAUGCUUACGAGCCAGACAGUAGCGGCGGCGAGGAGGAGGGGGGGCAGGGUUCCGAUCCGUCUCACGGUCUCCAGAAAAGACUGGAUGACAUGAUCUUCGAGCUGGGUAAAGAGUUUGACUAUCUCAGCGGUUUGCACUCGUAUUUGUACACAAAAUCUAGUGAAGGGACGUCAGACUGUUCCCUCAGAGACACUGAGUCAGUGAAAGAUUCUAGAACAGAUCCAAGAUCAGAUUCUAACACAGAAGAAAUCCCUCCUGAGUGGAAUAUAUCAGAACGCAACAGAACAGAUCACACGGAAAACAGCACAGAGGACCACCCACCAGAGGACCUAGCAGUCGGUGGCUCUCCUGUUGGCCCCAAAGGUCCUGCUGAGCUGGGGAACGACGACCAGAGAGGGACCCAGUCAGAGAUGGUGGUGAGGCCCAAAAUUCGUAAGCAGACGAGUGAAACACACCUGGAGAAGAGGAAGAGUUCUCACGGCGAGGAGGCGCACUGUGGCUCAGCCAAACAGGCCAGCAAGACCAAGUGUGUGUCUGCACCGCCAUUCUUCCUGACACAAACGGAAAGGCCAAACCAGGAGUUUCUCUUUGAUUACCCUCGGACUGAUUCAUAUGGGUUUAGCCCUAUCGAGAGGAGGGGUGAACAUGAAGAUUCUUGUAGCAAAAUGAAUUCAGAUGAUGAAAAGGACAUCUGGGAAGAUCUUGAGGACUUCAAUAAGACAUGUGUUCCUUUCAUGAAGGCUGAAGAAAGGUAUAAUAUACCUUAGAUUGUCAUUUUUACAUAUCACCCUUUUAUUGCUCUUAGAUCAUAGUAAAAUAGGACAAAACCGUGUGUAUUUAUAUUAUAGUCAGCAAGUGUAUAUAUGGUCAGUGGGAUCUAAUCACAAGUGUUGGAUUUCUGUGAAGGGAAAAUGUCAGUUAAACAUUUGCACUAUAAUUUGGGAUUAUUCAUAAAUGUUAGACAAGGCAUUUUCUAGGUCUCUGUUGAUCAAAGACAUUGCAACUCACAAUCCAAUUGUUGCCUUUCUGGGAAAGUGUGAAUACGUAGCUCUCUUUUGUCCUGAUGGUGUCAAUUGAGGAAGCGGAGGUUGCUAGCGAAGCUCUUGUGUUUAUACUGCUAAGACCUCACUGCUAAGCAGAUUAGGUGUGGUGCUUACUAGGUGGACUGACGCGUGUGUGUGUUUGCAGCUCGGAGUGCAGUGAGGGGGAGUGGUCAGCCUUGUGGACGUCGGACUCUGGCCUGGAGAAGGAGCGUGGCUCCAAUCAGGAGAGCUGGGAGACGCUGCCCGGCCUGGACGAACUGCACAGCAGCAGUCUGGAGGAUGUCCCCGAGCUCAGCCUGCCCCUUGAGUAAGCACCAAAAUACUGGCCUUAUACGGGUCACUCCUGAUAACUGCAACAUAAUACAGCCUUAUACGAUCACUUCUGAUAAAUGCAAUCAAUGGCUUGGGAGUGGCCUAAAUGCAGACACUAAUCUAGAGUAAUGCAGAUAUGAGUAAUAGUCUGGAGUAGUUAAACGGGGAAGUAUUUGAAUUGUGACUGGGGGACCACUGCAUUUAAAUGUAUGUAUAUCUAAUGUAUACUAUAUAUUCUAUAUGUCAUUGGUAAGCACAGCCAGCCCUCAGACCGACACCUCCAUGUGUUAAUGCUGUGAUGUGUAACCAGGGUGUGGGCUGGAAUAACGAUUAAGCUAAGUGCCACAGCAGCACAGUCUCCAAGCAAAGUCUUACAUUAAUACAUUAAAUCAGUUGAGGUAGGCUGAAUCAUUCCCAUGGAUAUUGAUUUUAUGAUUUGUUAACUAAGAUAUGUAAACUACUGUAUAUGUAUAUAAUUUGAUCAAAUCGUAUUGGUCGCAUACACAUAUUUAGCAGAUGUUAUUGCGGGUGUAGUGAAAUGCUUGUGUUCCUAACUCCAGCAGUGCAGUAAUAUCUAACAAUUUCCAACAAAUCACACAAAAUACCUUUCUGCAUAGCCUACAUUUCCGGUGCAUACUAUAUUUUUGAUUCUCAUUUGCAAGGUGAAAACUUGGUCGUGUCCAUUAGGGCACAAAACGAAAAUGAGCGUUUCUUAUUGGACAAGUCUCCCCGUUUCAGUCCAUUUUCUUCCUGCUGGUGCCCAAUGAACACAAGCUGUGUUUGUGCACUGUGCAGGGAGCCGACCCCUCUGGAGGAGGGAGAGAUUCCGUGGUUGAUGUACAAUGAGGAGACGGGCAGCAGUAGUGACGAAGACCCAGAUGGCAUGAGUCACUUUGUCCACCCAGGCCUCUUCAUCCUGGACGGGAACAACAACCUGGAGGAUGACUCCAGCGUGAGCGAGGACCUGGACGCUGAGUGGAGGUGGGGAACAAUUUAAGAGUUUUAACUCCAAAUUGUGAGAUAUAAUUCAUGAUUUUUAUGAUAGUUUUCUGGAGGUGUGUAGAAUGUUUGACGUUUUACUCCUGUAAUGUACUUUGAUGCGUUGACAUUUACAACGUGAUAGAUAGAUGUAUGUAGGGCCAGGAGGUUUCCUGACCAGGAUUUUUUAUAUUUUUUGCUUCAUCUUAGGUUGUUGGAUGACUUUGGAGAGGGCUUUGGGAUGGCCCAGGCUAUUUCCUAUGUGGAUCCUCAGCUCCUCACAUACAUGGCUCUUGAAGAGCGCCUGGCCCAAGCUAUGGAGGUAAGGCCAAAGCCCUAGACUCUUACUAUGACACAAGUCACUCUAAUCAAGUCCACAGAAGUGCAGACGGAAGGGUGUUAGGAUCAAAUUUGUUGACCACCACCAUUCCAUCUCUAAAUGUUUGCUUCAAGUGUGCUUUUCAAGAUUGUGCCAUCCUAUGUUGACGCAGUGAGUUCCUGCUCAUCCAACCUGGAGUUGAAUUCAUGUGUGCUAUCACAGCUGUGUACAUACCGCCACAAACAAACACCAAGUUGGCACUCCGCAAACUGUACAAGAUCAUUAGCCAGCAAGAAUACUUUCACCCCCGGAAGCAGUCUUCAUUGUCGUGGGUGACUUGAAACCGUCUAAAGCAAAUUUUCCCAAAAUAUUACUGACAUGUAUCCUUCCCCACAAGAGGAUCCGCCGUGCUUGACCAUGUAUACACAAACAUCCGCGACGCGUACAAAGCCAUCCACCGAAAGUAAUAAAGGGAAAUAUAUUUUAAAAAAGUAUGUAUGUAUGUAUGUAUGUAUGUAUAUUUUUUAUUUUAUUUAACCAGGUAAGCCAGUUGAGAAAAAGUUGUCAUUUACAACUGCGACCUGGCCAAGAUAAAGCAAAGCAGUGCGAUAAAAACAACACAGAGUUACAUAUGGAAUAAACAAAACGUACAGUCAAUAACACAAUAGAAAAUCUAUAUACAGUGUGUUAUGGAGGUAAGGCAAUAAAUAGGCCAUAGUGCAAAAUAAUUACGAUUUAGUAUUAACACUGGAGUGAUAGAUGUGCAGAAGAUGAUGUGCAAAUUGAGAUACUGGGGUGCAAAUUAGCAAAAUAAAUAACAAUGUAAAUAACAAUAUGGGGAUGAGGUAGUUGGGUGGGCUAAUUACAGAUGGGUUGUGUACAGGUGCAGUGAUCGGUAAGCUGCUCUGACAACUGAUGCUUAAAGUUAGUGAGGGAGAUAAUAGUCUCCAGCUUCAGAGAUUUUUGCAGUUCGUUCCAGUCAUUGGCAGCAGAGAACUGGAAGGAAUGGCGGCCAAAGGAGGUGUUGGCUUUGGGGAUGACCAGUGAGAUAUACCUGCUGGAAUGCAUACUACGGGUGGGUGUUGCUAUGGUGACCAAUGAUCUAAGAUAAGGCGGGGAUUUGCCUAGAAGUGAUUUAUAGAUGACAUGGAGCCAGUGGGUUUGGCGACAAAUAUGUAGUGAGGGCCAGCCAACGAGAGCGUACAGGUCACAUUGGUGGGUAGUAUAUGGGGCUUUGGUGACAAAACGGAUGGCACUGUGAUAGACUACAUCCAAUUUGCUGAGUAGAGUGUUGGAAGCUAUUUUGUAAAUGACAUCGCCGAAGUCAAGGAUCGGUAGGAUAGUCCGUUUUACGAGGGCAUGUUUAGCAGCAUGAGUGAAGGAGGCUUUGUUGCG